AGAAAUGGCCUGUCAGACAUUUGGCGCCGACUCUUUCAACGCGCUGGCAGGAGACUCCCCCUUGCCAAUCCUCAUGCACCAUGGCUCCACCGGCGACUGCUUGCCAACCACGGCCCACGCUCACAGCAUGGUCUCUGCAGUGUCGUCCGGGCUGUCCCUGGGUCAGGCCGCCAAGCGCUCCCACAUGCACUUGUCCACCUCCUCCCUUGGCAACGCUCUUGGCAACAGCCCCCCGAGCCUACAUUAUCCAGUCACACCCUGUCACUACAGCAACCAGCAGGCCACCUAUGGCAUGAUGGCAGCACAGGAGAUGCUCUCUGCCAGCAUUUCUCAGACUCGCAUCCUGCAAACCUGCGGCGUCCCUCACCCUAACAUGGUGAGUGGUGCAAACCCAUUGCAAGGGUCUCUUACGCCUUGCUUGUACAAGUUUCCAGAUCACAGCCUAAGUAGCGGUUCUUGUGCAUUAAGCCACGGUUUCUCCUCACUGCCCUCGGCCCUCCUCUCAACUGACGAGGCCCCCGGGGGCCCCGGUGGAGAGAUAAAAACUGACGUUCAAAGAAAGAGCAUGCGAGACCCCGAAGACGCCCCGGCUAUGGAUUCCCCGCAAAUUCGAGAGCUGGAAAUGUUUGCCAAUGACUUCAAAAUACGAAGGAUCAAACUGGGCUACACUCAGACUAAUGUGGGAGAGGCUCUCGCCGCCGUGCACGGCUCAGAGUUCAGCCAGACCACCAUCUGUCGCUUUGAAAACUUGCAGCUGAGCUUCAAGAACGCCUGCAAACUCAAGGCCAUUCUGGCGAAAUGGCUCGACGAGGCCGAGCUGGCCGGCGCGUUAUAUAAUGAUAAGUUAGGAAUGAAUGAGCGGAAAAGAAAAAGAAGAACAACGAUCAGCCUUGGAGCCAAAGAAGCCCUGGAGCGCAGCUUUGUGGAGAAGAGCAAGCCGUCGUCUCAGGAGAUCGCCCGGAUAGCCAAAGGCCUUCACCUGGAGAAGGAGGUGGUCCGAGUCUGGUUCUGUAACCGACGCCAAAGAGAGAAACGAGUCAAAACGAGCCUCAACCUCAGCUCCUGUCUGACCAAACUCAGUCCAAACUGCAUAGCACAGAUGAGCAAAACACAACGACCAAUGACUUAGAGUCCAUCUGAUUAGUUCUCUGGCAGGUUAUUUUUUUUAUGAUCAUAGCAAUAAUAAACAUGCUAAUCAAUU